UUCAUAUAAAUUUGUCACUUCGWGAAUAAACGUUCAUUCUACGCGUAUUUCGUUUGGUUUCUUAACAAUUUUGAAGAUAAAAUAAGGAGUUUGACUUACGUCUUUACUCGGGAUAAAGGCGCAGUCCCGAGAAAUUGAAGUAACCAUGAACCAAGACGACGAAAAUCGCUACGGAGCGGGGACUUCACUUCAGACGGGAAUGAUGGCUACUUCAAGUAUCCCAGGAAGCCUUGCUGCCUAUCCACCUACUCCUAGCCCCAUGCCUCCUCUGACACCAAUGACGCCUAUGACCCCUAUGAAUGCCGAUCAGUCUGGAAUAAUACCUCAGCUGCAAAACAUAGUUUCCACAGUAAACCUUGGUUGUAAACUAGACCUUAAGAAGAUUGCACUCCAUGCACGAAAUGCUGAAUAUAAUCCAAAGAGAUUUGCUGCUGUCAUCAUGAGAAUAAGAGAUCCAAGAACCACUGCAUUGAUAUUCAGCUCAGGAAAAAUGGUUUGCACUGGUGCUAAAAGUGAAGAUCAGUCAAGACUUGCAGCUAGAAAAUAUGCCCGUGUUGUACAGAAGCUUGGUUUCCCGGCCAAGUUCACUGAAUUCAAAAUCCAGAAUAUGGUUGGUAGCUGUGAUGUGAAGUUCCCAAUCAGACUGGAGGGUUUGGUUYUAGCUCAUGGACAGUUUUCAAGUUAUGAACCAGAACUAUUUCCUGGACUUAUAUAUCGAAUGGUUAAACCAAGGAUUGUACUGCUCAUCUUUGUGUCUGGCAAGGUUGUUCUUACAGGUGCCAAAGUACGAGAUGAGAUCUAUGAGGCAUUUGACAACAUAUAUCCCAUCUUAAAGACAUUCAGGAAAACUUGAUUGUGUUUCAAUAUUUGGCAGAACCAUGCUAUUUAUAUAUUUUUGUACAGCCAAUUCUCUACUUGCACAUGACCCAUAAUACCUUCUGAUUUUGGGGGGUAGGUUUUGUGAUGCAAAUAAAAUUAAUUGUUAUUCAAAUAUAAAUGAUUUCAAUAAUAAUAACUACCCCCCAAAAUCAGAAGGUAUUAUGGGUAUGCGCAAGUAGAGAAUAUGAUGUAAUAGAAUGUUUUCAAAUUAUAUACAUGUACAUACAUGUUCUAAAUACAAUGUUUUGCUAAUUAUUAAUCUGAACAAACAUUUAGUUGGUUUAUCUAGAUAUUGUUUGUACGAGCAGCUCAAGCGGCCUCCUUUGCAGGGAACUCUACUCAUUGGGAUUCCUGUGUUUAGGCAAAAAAAGCUGCCAGAGCGGGAGGCAGUUAGGAAGGAAGGAAAAGCAGUUUUUCAUAAGGGGGGGGCCUACGUAGCACGCAGUUGAUGUAAUGUAUUCAUAAAAUGUAUUGUAUUCCAUUGUUUCUUGUUCUAUUGUAAUACUGUAUGUGUUUUUUAUUAUAUCUUUAUGAAUACAUUACAUCAACUGAAUGCUACAUAGUCUCUCCCUUUUUCUUCCCGGUCAAGAUUAUUAACACAGGAAGACCAAGAAGAGAAAAAAGUCUGUUUCCAUUGGAGUAGUCUGCUUUAUCUGAAGGUCUUAUAAAUCUAAAUGAAAUGCAUUCAAAGGAUGAAAAGACAGUUUGUUUCACUGUAGGGUGCUGAAACUUCAUAUUGAUGUGGAAAUAAAUUAAAGGCCCAGUUUGCACCAUCAUGCUUUGCGUGCCUUUGUUAUUGUUAUGAUUAAUUACACCAAAAUACUUCUAGUAUCCAAAUAUCACCAUAAAACAAAUUUCAGAUGGUUGAAAACUCUUAUAUUAGCAUUUAAAGUGCUUAAAAAAGUGAGAUGGUCAAAGAUCAAAACACACAGUACAAUUUAUAGACUUUUGGUAAACUGAAAAUGGCUGCCUCCCUGCCCCCAAAGCAUACACACUGGGCCUUUAAGCACAAAACAAUGUGUGAGUUUGAAUGCAUUGAAUUGAGAUUUACCAGAACAAGAAAAACUAACAAUUGAUGAGCUUGGGCUACCAAAAUUGCCAAUAGAGUGCAUAAUUAUGUCUCUAAAAUAGAAUGAACGCAUUUAAUCUGUGCAACUGUACAAAAUCUAAGUAGUACUAAUUUGUAUUAAAAGUGGACAGCAUUGAAUGCUUCAUUUGUAGCAAUUCAAUUUAAUUUGCAUAUCACAUACACGAUUUACUAAAUACAACUAAACAUCACAUUUAGUUGUACAGUUGCACAGAUUAAGUAUGAUCACUCUACUUCGUAAAAAUUAGUUUUGCACUGCAGAAUCAAAGAAUAAAAGACUAACUAUUUCAUGGAUAUAGUGAAUGCACUCUGUUGUAUUUAAAAGUAGAAAUUGUAAUGUUAAAAAAUGUUGAUUACCCCAGUAUAGAGUUAGUAAUAAAUUAUUUCAUUUGUUAUA